AUGUUCCUCUUAACUCUAAUUAUUCUGUGUAUGUUCUGCACAAUGACCAAUGGUGCUUCCAUUUCUUCUGGGACUUGCUCUGUUCCCAGUAGUCACAGGUUGGUUGCAGGACUCGAGACUCAGUUGGAGAACUCUGUCAGCCAGCAGACCUCCCCUGAUCCCAGUGUCCUGAUUGCUUUGAAUCUGGCAGAGGACAAAAAUCUCAGCGUAAAAGAAAAGCUGGUCCAGCAGAUCAAAGAAACAGCUGGAAAAGAGAUGACCUCUGGCAAAGUGGCCCUUUAUGUCCUGGCUCUCCGAUCAUCCUGUGAGAAUCCAAAUAAUGUCGCUACUACACCGGAAAAGAAUGUCAACUUGGUCCAUGUCCUAGAGGAAAAAACUAAAGAAGAGAUUAAACAUUUAGAUUACUAUGGGACCCUCAAAACGACCUACUACCAGUUGGCACUGGAUACUCUGGCCCUGUGUGUGGAAAAAAACCCAGAAGUUGAAAUGGCUGCUGUCAUCCUUGCCAAGGCAGCACUGCGUAAUGACUUACAAAGCGGAGGUCAUUUUUUUGUAGAUACUGGAGCCAUGGCAAGUUUGGCACUGACGUGUGUGUACAAUGAAAAUAUCAUGCUGAAGGACAGCAAGCUCAUGAAUACCUUUCAUGAUGCCCUGACCACGAUCACAAAGCAAAUCCUUGGUGCACAGAAGAGUGAUGGCAUCAUUGGGAACAUCUAUAGCACUGGCCUAGCCAUGCAGGCACUCAGUGUAACUUCUGACUUCUACUCUGCUGGGGACUGGAGCUGCCAGAAGACCCUCGACACAGUGCUGAAAGAAGCUGACCAGGGAGCCUUUAAUAACCCUGCUGCUGCUUCUCAGAUCCUGCCUUCCCUAGUGGGCAAAACAUACCUGGAUGUGAGAAGCCUCACUUGUCCCCCAGAAAAUGUUCCAGUUUCCACCAUUACAGUAUUUUACACCAUAACCAAUGAAUUAGUAGGAAACUAUUUCAGCUAUCCCAUCACAGUGAAGGUGCCAAAAGGUUCCGUGCUGCUCGCUGUCUUGGAAGAGGCUCAACGUACUAAUCCAAGUAAAUUCAGUUUUCAGACAGAGAAUACCUCCUAUGGGCCUAUGGUUAUCUCCAUCAACAACAUCCAUGCUAGCACCAAUGAAAGAACGUACUGGCAGUUCUUGAGUGGCAAAAAACCCCUUGAACAAGGUGUUGGCAGCUAUAAGCCUGUGGAUAAUGAGGAAAUUGAAGCCAUCUUCAGUGAAUACUGAGCAAUGAGCUCUCUAUAGGGAU